GAGAGAGAGGCUAUGGAUGAGGUGACGUUUCGGAGCGAUACCGUGCUGUCUGACAUCCACAUGCACACCCCCAGCAAAAGGCACUUUAUGGUGAGACUGAACUCGGUCGGCCAGCCAGUAUUCCUGUCGCAGUUCCGUCUCCUUUUGGACAAAAGUCAGCAGAACCUCGAGGAAAAAGAGAAAGACUUUAAAAAACGAAACGUUAAGUGCCCGCACACACAUGGAGAGAAGUUGGAAGAGGAGGGUAAGCGAAACGACUCAGGCCAGGAAGGAAAGGCUUCUGAAGGGAUCGAAGCUCUGUUGGACAAAGACGGGGAUUUGGAGGUUGUGAGGAAGCCCCGGUUGCCUGGCGAAGAAGCGGAGGAUCGUUCCAGGGUUAAAGUGUGUCCCAUCAUUUUGACCAAAGGCGGAGAUGUCUUGGAAGAGGAAGAGCCAGAAAACAGCAGCCGUGAUGUUAUUAAAAUCGAGCACACCAUGGCAACCCCUUUAGAAGAUGUUGGCAAGCAGGUCUGGAGAGGGGCAUUCCUGCUUGUGGACUACAUCCUUUCCGAGCGAGACCUCUUCAAAGGCUGCACCGUUCUCGAACUUGGGGGAGGUACCGGGAUUGUCAGUAUUGCCAUGGCGAUGGCUGCCAAGAUUGUUUUCUGCACAGAUGUUGGCGAAGAUCUCCUGGACAUGUGCGAACGCAACGUAGCCAUGAACAAACACAUCGCCGAGCCAGCCGGAAGUAAAGUUAAGGUCAGGGUGUUGGACUGGCUGAAAGAUGAGUUCUGCACUGAUCCUGAUAUUUCCUACAGCUGGUCUGACCAAGAGAUUGCUGAGCUGCACGACCUCACCACUGUGAUUCUGUCUGCUGAUGUAUUUUACGAUGAAGAUCUAACAGACGCUUUCUUCAGAACGCUGUACCGAGUCACCCACAACUUGAAAAACCCCUGCGCUGUCUACCUGUCGAUAGAAAAGAGGCUCAACUUCACCUUAAGACACAUGGAUAUUGCAUGUGAGGCAUAUAGUCACUUUCGAAAGACGCUGGAUGACCUGGUGAACAUCAGAGACGGCAAAAUGAGAUACACCGUCGAGCCUCUUGGCCUCUCCUUUCCUCAGCAUAUCGUUUAUGAGCGAGUUGAGCAAUUGGAAUUGUGGAAGAUUACCGCGGCUCAGAUUUCUGAAGAUAAUAUUGCUCCGGAGAGAAGGAAGUAG